GUCUUGUCCUGUAUCGAUACCUGAGUUACCUACAUGCAGUCCGAGUGGUCCGAGUGAUCGACGAUAUCUGCACGAUAUCGCCACCGCCUUCCCUCUUCUCGGUCGCCGUAGCAGCGCCAAGAGCUACGUGGUUCCUUCAUUCAUCAUCGACAUUUCUCGACCACAGCCUCCCUCCCCCUUUGCAUCGAUCGAUGGUGGCGAUCAACAAUCUAUCUCAUAUCACAAACUAGUCAAACUAGUUUCUAGACCAUGAUCCCCCAUCCUAGUGUACAAUACCACCUCUCCUCACUUUCCACCCACCCAUCCAUCAUCGGAUGGCCGUCGAUGCUGUUCGAGGGGUCAACCUCGGAGGCUGGCUCUUGACCGAACAAUGGAUCACGCCCUCGGUAUAUUCCGGCGAGGCCAACGACGAAUGGAACCUCUGCAACGUGCUGGGCAAGAGGAGAUGUCUGUCCACCUUGGAGAGUCAUUGGAGCUCGUUCAUCACCAAGGAUGAUUUCGAGGAGAUGAUCUCGUUUGGCCUAAAUUCCGUACGGAUACCUAUAGGUUACUGGGCGGUCGAUCUUUUGGACUAUGAGCCCUACGUCUCUGGCCAAUACCCUUACCUGAUCCAAUCAGUUCACUGGGCCCAAGAACUGGGCAUGACCGUCCUCAUCGACCUGCACGGCGUCCCCGGCUCUCAGAACGGGCAAGACAAUAGCGGUCUUAUAGGUCCGAUCCUCUUCCCUUCCAAUACGACGAAUACGGAGCGGACGUUGAACGUCUUGAGGAACUUGACGGAGGAGUUUUCUCGGGCCGAGUAUGGGGGUGUUGUCACCUCGAUCGAGCUGUUGAACGAGCCUAGGCUCGGACAGGCGGAUUUCGAGAUGGACGAUUUGAAAGCGUUUUAUACCGUUGGGAGCGAGGCUGUCCGGACGGCGGAUCAAGGGAUGGGCGUGAUGAUCCAUGACGCCUUCUGGGGCCCAAGAUACUGGGCGGGUUAUGACCCUGCAUCAUCUUCUUCGUCGUCGUCGAUGGGCUCGGCAUCACCCUCCUACCUGGAGAUCGAUACGCAUCAAUACUACGCCUUUGCACCGCUCAUCAACCUCCCCCACGCAACCAUCCUCGAAUCGGUGUGUAAUGUCUCCCGGAUGCUCAAGUCCACCGAUCGGACGAGAGUACCGGCGACCAUCGUCGGGGAGUGGAGUUUACAAACUGGUCGAGGUCCGGACGACCCGGUGUCAAACAGGGGACAACCCGAUCAAGCUCGACGGACUUGGUUCAGGUUAUUGUUCGAGUCGCAGCUAGCUGCCUAUUCGCCAAGUGCUGAAGGUCAGGCGAACCUCGGAUGGUAUUAUUGGACCUGGAAGACGGAGUGGGAAAUCGAUACCUGGUCUUACCGCCGCGGAGUACGAGACGGGUAUAUCCCCUCCGACGUGAGCAACGCAUCGACCCUGGCGUACCCUAUUCUGGACAACGGAUGCGUCGAUUCGACGUUCAACUACACGGCGCCGAAGAAGGCUGGCUCGGCGGUAGGGAAGGCAGGAGGAAUGCGGUCGGUUCGGCAGGUAGUAGGGAUUGGCUUGUUGACUAUAAUUCUCGGGUUUGUUGCAUUGUAAAAGAACAAGAUUCGAUCGAGGUCGCUGCUGCUCUUGUGUAUAGAUGGUAUUGCAUUCCAUGCGUUCGUUCUUUCAACAAGGUCCGAGUGGAUUCAUCUAGG